AGCACCAACAGACCUGUCAAUCAUCGCUACAAGCACUUUGAUUGGCUGUACGAGCGUCUGCUGGAGAAGUUCAACUCGCUGCUGCCCAUCCCAUCGCUACCUGACAAACAGGUCACAGGCCGGUUCGAGGAGGACUUCAUCAGGAUGAGGAUGGAGCGGCUGCAGGCCUGGAUGACCCGGAUGUGUCGCCACCCCGUCGUCUCUCAGAGCGACGUCUUUCAGCUCUUCCUCACCUACAAAGACGAGAGGGAGUGGAAGGCGGGGAAGAGGAAGGCGGAGAAAGACGAGACGGUGGGCCCGAUGAUGUUCAGUCUGAUUGAACCUGAAGCUGCAGAACUCGACGCUCCCCAGGUUGAACACAAGUGUGAGCAGUACAGCCGCUUCACCAAGGCCAUGGACGACGGCGUCAGAGAGCUGCUGAACGUCGGACACACCCACUGGAAACGCUGCACCGGACCGCUGCCGAAAGAGUACGAGCGGAUCGGCCGAGCAUUCAGGAACCUGUCGACUGUUUUCAGCAGCAGCAAAUACCCAGGAGAGGAGACGCUGACCGACGCUUUAACAGCUGCUGGAAACACCUACGAGGAGAUCGGCCAGAUCGUCGCCCAGCAGCCUCAGAAGGAUCUCUACUUCCUGCUGGAGACCAACAGCGAAUACAAAGGCCUGCUGGGAUGCUUCCCAGAGAUCAUCGCUGUUCACAAGGUACUGCAGUACUACACA